AAUAUAUAUUUAAGUAAAGAGCAAAUUGAUCACACAAAAUCCAGCAUUUAUAUAUCCCACCAAUCCUCUGCAAUCUUCACCGCCUCAAAACUUUCCCAUUUUCACAAAAUGUCCAAACUCCCUCUCUCUCUCCUCGUCCUACUCACAUUCUUUUCGGUCAAUUUCCACCCCAAAUUCCUGCAAAAUCCUUCAAAUACCCCCAGAAAAAUCCAUAUUCACAAACACGUCCAAUUACUCGCCGCGUCCGCGUGCGACGGCGCAUUGUACCAAGAUCUCUGCGUCUCGACCGUCGCCGCCCUGCCGGAGCUGCGGCGGAAGACGCUGCCGGAGGUGAUAUCGCACACCAUCAACGUCACGAUGAAGGAGGUGCGCGACUCCGCCUCCAACUGCAGCAACCUCCGCCGCAAGCUGCUGAAGAAGCUCGAGCCGCUGGAGCUCCGCGCGCUCGAGGACUGCCUCGAACUCUUCGCCGACACCGUGGCCGAGCUGAACAAGGUCCUCGCCGAUCUGUCCUCCGCCGCCGCGCCGGAGAGGUACUACGCCGACCUGCAGACGCUCCUCAGUGGCGCGAUGACGAAUCAGAACACCUGCCUGGACGGAUUCGCGUACAGUAAGAACAACACGCGGCGCUUCAUCGAGGGCAGGCUGCGGCGGAUCUCGCGCCACUUCAGCAACUCGCUGGCGAUGGUGCAGAAAUUGAAGAAGAAAAAAGGCAGGAAGCUGACAUCGGAGGAGCAUUUCCCCGAGUACGGCAGAAUGCGUGGUGGAUUUCCGGCGUGGCUGAGCAGAAGCGACCGGCGGCUGCUGCAGGCGGCGGUGAACCAGACGCGGAUCGAUCUGGUGGUGUCGAAGGACGGCAGCGGCAACUUCACGACGGUGAACGAGGCGCUGGCGGCGGCGCCGAACAACAGCAACACGAGAUUCGUGAUUUACAUCAAAAGUGGAGCGUAUUUCGAGUAUUUGGAGGUGGCGAGGAGCAAGAUGAACAUCAUGUUUUUGGGAGAUGGAAUUGGGAAAACGUGGAUCAAGGGCAACCGGAGCGUCGUCGAUGGCUGGACAACCUUCCGAUCGUCUACAGUUGCCGUGGUGGGCAACGGGUUCAUCGCGAAGGGGAUCAGCUUCGAGAACUACGCAGGUCCGAGCAAGCACCAGGCGGUGGCCCUCCGCAGCGGCGCCGACUUCUCGGCCUUCUACGAGUGCAGCUUCGUGGCGUACCAGGACACCCUCUACGUCCACUCCCUCCGCCAGUUCUACCGCAACUGCGACGUCUACGGCACCGUCGACUUCAUCUUCGGCAACGCCGCCGCCGUCCUCCAGAACUGCAACCUCUACGCCCGCCGCCCCGACCCCAACCAGCGCAACAUCUUCACCGCCCAGGGCCGCGAGGACCCCAACCAGAACACCGGCAUCUCCAUCCUCGGCUGCAAGGUGGCCGCCGCCGCCGACCUCCUCCCCGUGCUGGCCAACUUCUCCACCUACCUCGGCCGCCCCUGGAAGCAGUACUCGCGCACGGUGUUCAUGUACUCCAACAUGGAGAGGGUGGUACACCCAAACGGCUGGCUCGAGUGGGACGGGGAUUUCGCCCUCGCCACGCUUUAUUAUGGGGAGUAUAUGAAUCGGGGCCCCGGCUCCAAUACCACUGCCCGGGUCACCUGGACGGGUUACCGGGUUAUUAACUCCUCCGCCGAGGCGUCCCAGUUUACGGUCGCCAAUUUUAUUCAGGGAAGUCAGUGGUUGCCGGAGACGGGGGUUCCGUUUUAUCCCAAUUUGACGGCCACCACUUGAUGCAUGGGUUUGAUUUUGCAGAUGGGUAAGGGUAGCUAGGGAAUACUUUCGAUUUGUAUUAUUAUUACUAUUAAUAUUAUUUAAACGAUUUUCAUUUGCUUAAGCUCCGUUUGUUGGUUAGUUGUAAAGUGAUUAAUAUUUGAAUGUAAAAUUCAUUUUAGUGUGGUUUUUAAAUUUAACAAA